AUGCAUGUGAGAUUCUUCAGCCUUAUCGGGCUGUCUGUUCUCGCUCUGGUGGGUCAAGGCCAGUCUCAGGAGGCGGCUUCGGCGAACAAGACCUUCCACAACCCAAUCCUCCCCGGGUGGAAUUCGGAUCCUAGCUGCACGUUCGUGAAGGAAUGGGAUAACACGUUCUUUUGCACUGUCUCUUCUUUCCUGGCGUUCCCGGGUGUCCCAGUCUAUGCCAGCAAAGAUCUGAUCAAUUGGAAGCUUGCAAGCAACGCCCUGACCCGUCCCGAGCAACUGCCGGAGCUGUCUAGAAACUCGCAACAGAACGAGGGGAUAUGGGCGUCGACUAUCCGGUACCACGAAGGAAAUUUCUACCUUAUCACGUCCUACGUGUCCUGGUACGAAGGAUGGGGGCCCAAGAUCUUGCUGUUCACUACGACAGACCCUUACGAUGACGCCUCCUGGACUGGCCCCCUGCAUGUUGACAAUCCCGCCAAUGGUAUUGACCCAGAUAUCUUUUGGGACAAUGGGAAGGUCUACAUGUCAGUUGCGGCAGGUAUAUAUGUCAGCGAAAUUGAUCUUUCCACGGGCACGGCGACUGAGCCCUCCAGGGUCUGGAAUGGAACUGGUGAUCGCAACCCGGAAGGACCACACUUCUACCACAAAGACGAUUACUACUACCUGUUGAUCGGCGAGGGUGGAACGGAGACCAACCACUCUGUCACGAUUGCGCGAUCCGAGGAGUUCGAGGGGCCCUUUGUGGGAGCACCACAGAACCCAAUCCUCACGGCCAAAAACACUGACAGAUACUUUCAAACUGUUGGACACGCCGAUCUUUUCCAGGACGCCUCUGGUAACUGGUGGGGUGUUGCGCUGGCCACAAGGUCUGGCCCCGAGUGGGAAAUCUACCCCAUGAGCCGCGAGAUGGUUCUCUUCGCAGUCAACUGGGAAGAGAACGAGUGGCCCGUCCUCGACCCAGUGCUCGGCACAAUGACGGGCCCCUUGCCGCCAACGAAUAGUUGUAUCCCUGGGGACGGCCAUUGGGUCGACGAGCCGGACGUCGUCGACUUUGCGCCGGGCUCUGAUAUCCCUAGGCACUUCUUCUUCUGGCGUCCCCCCAAGACCUCACUGUUCGCAGUUUCGUCAGAAGGUCACCCCGGGACUCUCCAAAUAUCCCCUUCGCCCGUGAACCUGUCGGCCACGCCUGACUUCAAGCCAGCUGAGGAUGGUGUCGGUUUCAUUGCUCGCAAGCAGAGCGCGACUCUGUUCAACUACACCGUCGACGUUUCAUUCAAGCCCGAGGUCGAGGACGAGGAAGCGGGCAUCUCGGUCUUCCUGACGCAGUUCCAGCACAUCGACUUGGGGAUAGUCAACCUCCCAGCUAACAACGGGACGAACACGACCCAAGCGUUCAGGUUCCGGGUUGAGGCGUCCGGGAAGCCCAAUAUUACCGUGCCCGAGACUGUGGCCGUUCCCGUCCCAAAGUCGUGGCGAUCGGACAAGAUCCGUCUGUCGGUUUCCGCCGUCAGCGACUCGCUGUACGUCUUCGGGGCGGCGCCGGCUUCGAGGCCGCGAGAGUACCGGGAAAUUGGGUCUGCGAGUGCAUUGAUCGUCUCCGGUGGCACCGGGCCGUUUACAGGCACCAUUGUUGGUCCGUAUGCUACUAACAACGGCGGCAAGGGGAAGACGCCUGUAUACUUCAGCAGGUAG